GUAUGGGUCUUAAGUCUGAAAGUCACCUCAAGCACAUCGCCAGUCGAAAAACCGCCCCCAACACUCUCUAUCGACUUCGUUAAAGCCUAAAACCCUAGGUUUUUCGUUUCUCCGGCGAAUCUACAACGGCAAUGGACGCCGCUAAAUUAGAGCAAUUAAAGCUAUUUGUCAGCCAGUGCAAGUCAGAUCCCUCCAUUCUCAGUGAUCCUUCUCUCUCCUUCUUCCGAGACUAUCUUGAAAGCCUCGGAGCUAAACUUCCGUCAUCUGCUUACAAGAGUGAAUCGAAGUCUUAUGUGGUGGAAGAGGAUGAUGAAGAUGUAGAAGAACCUCAAGAAGAAGAAGAGGAUGAGAUAAUAGAAUCUGAUAUUGAAUUUGAAGGUGAAACUGUGGAGCCUGAUGAUGAGCCUCCACAAAAGAUGGGAGAUUCUUCCGUGGAGGUCUCGGAAGAAAACCGUGAUGCUUCUCAGGAGGCAAAAGCAAAGGGCAUGGAAGCAAUUUCUGAUGGUAAGCUAGAGGAAGCCAUUGAGCAUCUCACUGAGGCGAUACUGCUCAACCCUACCUCUGCUAUCAUGUACGCGACCAGAGCUUCUGUUUAUAUCAAAAUGAAGAAACCCAAUGCUGCCAUCCGAGACGCUGAUGCUGCGCUACAGAUAAACCCAGAUUCUGCUAAAGGUUAUAAAUCACGUGGGAUUGCACGAUCAAUGCUUGGUCAAUGGGAAGAAGCUGCUAAGGAUCUCCAUGUAGCAUCAAAUAUUGAUUUUGACGAAGAAAUAAGCGCCAUUCUUAAGAAGGUUGAACCCAACGCACACAAAAUUGUGGAACAUCGUAGGAAAUAUGAUAAACUCCGGAAAGAGCGAGAGGACAGAAAAACGGAGCGUGAGAGGCAACGUCGCCGAGCCGAAGCCAAGGCUGCGUAUGAGAAGGCCAAAAAGGAAGAAAAAGCAUCUUCAAGUGAAAGAGCUGGGGGAAUGCCAGGUGGUUUCCCAGGGGGGAUGCCUGGUGGGUUUCCUGGGGGAAUGCCAGGUGGCUUCCCUGGUGGCAUGCCAGGCGGGUUCCCUGCUGGAAUGGGGGGUGGAAUGCCAGGCGGGUUCCCUGCGGGAAUGGGGGGUGGAAUGCCAGGCGGGUUCCCUGCGGGAAUGGGUGGUGGUAUGCCCGGAGGUGCUACUGCAGGAGGUGGUAUGCCAGGAGGCUUUCCUGGAGGUGGUAUGCCGGGUGGCAUCGACUACAGUAAAAUCUUAAAUGACCCUGAGUUGAUGGCAGCAUUUAAAGACCCUGAAGUAAUGGCUGCUCUGCAAGAUGUGAUGAAGAACCCAGCUAAUCUAGCAAAGCACCAGGGGAACCCGAAGGUUGCUCCGCUUAUUGCGAAAAUGAUGAGCAAAUUUGGUGGACCCAAGUGAAGCGGUUAGUGAAAAAUGAGCUGAGGUUCUAACAGGAAGUGCCAAACCCAAGGUACUUGAAAAUGGUUCCAGUUUUCGUUUCUAUAUGACAUGAUGUAUUUUAAAUGAUGGUUAGAUUUCGAUUUGUUCAAACAAUUUUCUGCAUGGGUUUAAUUAUCAGGUAUGGAAUGUGUUGUUUGUCUUUCUUCU